AAUCAUUCUAGCGCCAGCACCCGCUUCGCAAAAUGACUGCCCAAUUGGACGAAUUCAGAGGCCUUGAGUGGGUGGAAAUCAGGGGAUUCGGCAUGGAACCGCAGUGGACCGUUGAGCCAGACCUGGACGCGAUCAAACGUACAAUCGAGGAAAUCAAACCUUCGCAGGAGAUUGAGGUGAAUUUCAUGGUACAGGGCGCUUUCAACAAGAUAUAUGCCGUUAAGGCUGGGGAUGAGACCUUCAUCAUGCGAGUUUCCUUGCCUAUCGAUCCCAGGUACAAGACGCUGAGUGAGAUCGCCACGCUGAAUUGGAUCAGCGAAAACACGUCCCUGCCCGUACCUCAAGUCAUCGACUAUCAGCCAGAGCGAGAAACAAGCGCGGUGAACUUUGAGUGGAUCCUCAUGACCAGGCUUCCUGGGAAACCAUUGGCGGACAUGUGGAAAACGAUGCAGUAUACGGCGAAAAAGCAGCUUGUGCAACAGAUUGCGAUGUAUUCCGCCUCUGUUUUCCGUCAACAUUUUCACUCCAUUGGAAACCUCUUCCCGGAUUCAGGCAACCAGAUUGGAAGAAUAGUCUCGCUGAGUUUCUUUUACGGCGACCAUAUCCGUCAGGACAUAUACCGUGGGCCGUUCGAAACAAGCCGAGACUGGCUCGCCGCUCGUCUGUCUCUACACGAACACGAUUGCAGAUCCAUCUUAGGAAUACUUGGAAGACAAGAAGAGCUGAGCAGCGACGAGGAAGCGGAGAAGGAAGACGCAGAACGCACACUGGGGAUUAUCGAGAGACUUCGGACUCAGCUUGAUCGUGUCUUUCCAUCUACGACCGACAGUCCUGAGCCUACCGUACUUCUUCAUGAUGACCUUUCCCAGAACAAUAUUCUGGUCGAUGAGAAUGGCAAGCUCACUGGUGUCGUUGGCUGGGAAUGUGUCUCCGCCUUGCCUCUGUGGAAGGCAUGUUCCUAUCCCGCUUUUCUUCAAGGGCCCACGCGAAAUAAUCCCCUUGACCUCCGCAGAUACGAUAUUCAUGAUCCAGAUACGUUGUACUGGGAGCAUCUGGAGCACUAUGAGAAGACGAUGUUGCGACAGUAUUUCCUCGAUGAGAUGCGCAGACUGGAGCCCAAGUGGAUCGAGAAAUUUAAUGCGACCCAAGUCAAGCGGGACUUCGAUGAAGCGGUGCUCUUCUGCGAUGAUGGUUUUGCGGCUGGGGACAUCAAGACUUGGCUUGAUGAGCUUGCGACGGCGGAGGAACCCAUGAACGUGCGCAGCAUUAAGGAAAUCAAUGAGUCACGUUGGGCAGUCCAUUAA